AUGCUUCACAGAGACAUUGACAAUCUUCAAAAACAUUACCAGGAAAGUGAAAGACGGUGUGAAGAACUGAUUACACAAGUUGUAGAAUCCACAAGGCCUCUUUUAAGGCAAAUUGAAGCCAUGCAGGAAGCAAAUGCCAUAAGAGCUGAAGCUUGGGCUGUAGUUGAAAGAUCUCUCAAUUCUCGACUUCAGGAAGUCGAGGCUAAAACUCCCACUUCCAAGGAAAGAGAGCGAUAUGUGAAUGACCGCUUAUCUCAUACCUUGUCUCGAAUUAAUGUUGUUGAGGCCCAGGUUCUACAAUUUCUUGAAUGAAGUCAUGUCUUAU